CCCAAACAUAAACUUUCUUCUCUCUCCACCUCUGCUAACCGCAAACGCCAUGACUGAGAAUGUACGUGGACACGAGCAUCUUGUAUCCGUCGUUAACCAAGGUGAUGGUAUGGAAUGCGAUGCUUGCGAUCAGUUGCAUGUUGGUGGCUACUCAUGCAGCGAAUGCAAGUUUAAUAUUCACAAGAAAUGUGUAUAUGUGUUCACGGCAAAAGAGAUAUUCGACCACCCAUCUCAUGAUGGACAUUGUCUUAAGCUUCUCACAACCGGAGCUCCUGAUCACACCGAUCCCAAAUGUCAUCUAUGCGGUAAAAACACCAAACGCCUUCUUUAUCAUUGCUCUGAUUGCAAACUCAAUUUGGACAUUGGUUGCAUAGCUGAUCACAGAUCUGCCCCAUUCCAUCUGAAUAUGUCGUGGCAUCACCAUCCUCUAGUGCUUGGUCUUUCAUAUUUUGAUAGGUGCAGCUUUUGUCACAAGAUUGGCAACGAAGACAGCAAGGGCUAUCGCUGCCUUCGUUGCGGGUUGGUGAUUCAUACAAGAUGUACCUUCAUAUUUGACUCACCAGAGAUCACUCACCCUGCACAUGUUAGACACCCUCUUAAGCGUCUCACCGAUGGAGCUCCAAAUUACACAGACCAAAGAUGUCAUAUAUGUGGAGAAAACACUGGGAACUUACUUUAUCAUUGUGAUAUUUGUAAGUUCAACUUGGAUAUGCGUUGUGCGAUUGAAAGACCUCCACCAGUCGCUCUUUCAAAUCUCAAGGUCCAUGAGCAUACACUCACACUCAUGCCAAGAUUGAUCUCCUUCGUUUGUGAUGCCUGUGGUACGAAAGGUGAUCGUUCUCCUUACAUGUGUGUUCAAUGUGAUUUCAUGACCUUCCAUCAAAAAUGUGCUCGUUUACCGCGUGUCAUUCAUGUCAAUCACCAUGAUCACCGUGUAUCCUUCAAGUAUCCUCUUGGUCCUGGAGAAUGGAGAUGUGGAGUUUGUUGGGAAGAGAUUGAUUGGUCAUAUGGGGCUUAUUCAUGUUCUCUUUGUCCUAAUUAUGCUAUUCAUUCAUUGUGCGCCACAAGGAAAGAUGUGUGGGAUGGAAUAGAACUCGAUGGAGUACCUGAAGAAAUUGAAGACAUCGAGCCAUUCAAGAGGAAUGAUGACAGCACAAUUACUCACUGCGCUCAUCAACAUAACCUCAUGAGCCUCAGGAAAGACGGUGAAGAAAACAGCUUGUGUGGAGCAUGUGUUCGUCCCAUCGGUUCUUACACAUUUUACAAAUGUUCAGAAUCAGAAUGCAUUUUCAUUCUCCAUGAAAUGUGUGCUAAUUUACGUAAGAAGAAACGACAUUUUCUGAGCCCAGAACCUCUCCAUCUUUCUGUAUUGGAACAGUCUGAUGACUCGCCAACAGCUUGUUCUGCAUGUCUUCAAGUUUGUUCUGAAGGAUUCGUCUAUGACCAUGAUACAUAUGGGACUUUUGACUUGCUAUGCAGUUCCAUUGAUGUGCCUUUUAUCCAUGGAAGUCAUCCUCAUCCUUUACUCUACCUUAAACUACAACACGGUCACUUUAAGACUUGUCAGAGCUGCGGCAUCGAUCAUACUAAAGUCGUCAUAGGUUGCCUCAAGUGCAAUUAUUUUUUGGAUUUUCGUUGCGCCACUCUACCAUUAACGGUUAGCCUUCCUAGGUAUGAUGAUCAUCCACUCACUCUCUGUUACGGUGAAAAAUCGAGCGACAAAUAUUGGUGUGAUAUUUGUGAAAGAGAAACGAAUACAGAGACUUGGUUCUACACUGGUUCAGAAAGCGGGGUCACUUUGCAUAUUUUAUGUGUACUUGGAGAUAUCAGGUACCUUCAUUGUUUUAGGUUGGGUCGACUAUGACCCCGAGUUCUUCUGUUCUUUUUACUUUUUUUUUUUCUUUUUUCUUUUUUUGUCAACGUCGUACUUUUGUUCUUUUUUGUUAUUUGUUUUUAUAAGGUGGUACGUAGUUAAUGUUCGAGUUUGGAACUUAUUUGUUAUUUUUGUUGUUUUUAUUUAUGAACUGGAAUCGGUUGUUGUUGUUGUUGUUGUAUUAUUUUGUGCGUACCUACAUUUAAAAUUACACAUGAUCGUAUUCUUACAUACGGUCAUAUGCAGCUUUGGCUCGUGCACUUUCUUCUUUUUUAUGUCACUUGAAUUUGUAUUAGAAACAUAAAUGAUGUAUUGGAUU